AUUAUGUGAUUGUUUCAAUAAUUGCGUUAGUUGUAUCAGUGCACGACGGUAACCAAUUCAAGGAAGAUAUAUUGAAAAUGUAUUCGGUGUUUUUUUUGGUGGUUAUCUGUGCUUCUAUAGCUACUUCCACCAAUUCUAAUCUGCUGUCGAUUGUAGUGAUUGCCAGACAUGGAGAUCGAACUCCUACAGCAUUUGCGCCACUGGAUCCUUAUAAAGAUGCUAAAUAUUGGCCAGCAGAACGAGGGGAACUGACGAAUAAAGGAAUUCUCCGAGAAUACCACCUCGGCAAAUGGCUAAGACAAAAAUACUCGGACUACCUCUCGCCGAAAUACAUGAAACACGACAUCUACGUCAGAGCCUCUUCGAUGGAUAGAUGCCUCAUGUCAGCAGCUUCCAGUAUGGCGGGAUUAUAUCCACCCACGGAGGACCAGAUGUGGAACCCGAAACUGCACUGGAGGCCGGUACCGAUCCACUCUCGACCGAUGCAAGAGGACACGUUACUAGAAAUGGCCAUCGCGUGUCCCAGAUUCGAGGAGAUGUACCAGGAUUUGCUCCAGACAAAAGAUUUCAAACGGAUUGACACUUUAAACGCCAACCUCUAUUCCUAUCUGAGCAAGAACCUCGGUGUUAAAAUCGAAAGUUUCACGGAUAUUGAACCUUGGUACGACACGCUGAGAGUUGAAGCACUGAACAAUAUGACCCUGCCCAACUGGACUAAACCGGUUUACCAGGAGAUGAAGAAGUGGUCGGAGCUGUCCUUCCAAGUACCCACGUACAAUAAAGACUUGGCUCGGUUCGCUACAGGCCCGUUCUUCAACGUGAUAACCAACCAUUUCCUCGCCGUCAGCUCCAACAACACCGAGGACACGAUGGCCAAGAACCUAUUCUUCACCGGACACCAGACCAAUAUCUGUGACAUAACGAACACUUUGGAGCAUUUCAGGUCGGCACCUUAUGCUAGUGCGUUGAUUUUCGAGCUUCGUAAUAACACCGAGACGUCUAAGCCGUUCGUUAGAUUACUGUAUAAGACGGAAGAGGGCGCGGAAGUUUUGGGUAUGAGGGACUGUAACCUUGACUGUGACCUUCAAGAUUUUUUGAAAGUUGUGGAACCUUUUAGAAUGAACAAAACCCAGGUUGAGAAAGAAUGUUAUGCUAUGAAGAGCAUUUAAAUGUU